AUGGCUUCCUCCAACAAUCCCUUCUCUGAGCAGCAGUUCCAGUGCUCCAUCUGCUGGGACGAGUUUGUCGACCCGGUCACCACACCAUGCGGUCACAACUUCUGCUUGGUUUGCCUGAGAAAGUGGUGGGUCGGCAGUGGCCACUGCUGGUGCCCUCUCUGUAAGGAGCAGUUCAAUAAGAAGCCUCAGCUCAAGAUCAACACCACAUUAAGAGAGUUCAUCGUUUAUUUUAAGAAGAGGAAAGACCUUGCCAAACCCGGGGAGGUGUCCUGCGACGCCUGUGCCUCCGUCAAACUGAAGGCUGUGAAGUCCUGUCUGGACUGUGGGACCAGUUUCUGUGAAACUCACCUGGAGCCUCACAAAACCGCAGCCAAACUCCAGAAACACAAACUGAUGGAUCCCGUGGAGAACCUGGAGGACUAUAUAUGUCAGAAACAUGACAGACCCCUGGAGCUGUUCUGUAGAGAUGACCAGACAUGUGUAUGUCAGUUCUGUACUGAGGGAGACCACAAGACUCACAACACUGUUCCUCUAGAGGAGGAGAGUGAGCAGAGGAAGUCUCAGCUGGGAAAAACACAGACAGAGAUUCAGCAGAUGAUCCAGGACAAACUGAAGAGGAUUAAAGAGAUCAGACACUCAGAGGAGCUCAGAAAAAAAUCCACAGCGAGACAGAUAGCAGACAGUGUGGAGGUGUUCCGUUCUCUGAUUGGCUGUAUUGAGAGAAGUCGGGCUGAGCUGAUUGAGCUGAUGGAGGAGAAACAGAAAGCAGCAGAAAGGCAGGCUGAAGGUCUCAUUAAAGAGCUGGAGCAGGAGAUCACUGAGCUGAAGAGGAGAGACACUGAGCUGGAGCAGCUCUCCCACUCUGAAGAUCACCUCCACCUCCUACAGGUUUACCCAACACUGUGCAGCCCUCCACACACCACACACUCCACUGACAUCAGUUUUGACCCUCAUCUGUGUGUGGACACUCUGAGGAAAGCUCUAGUCAACGUGGAGAAUAAUCUCAGAAGACAGCUGGACAAGCUGACUCAUACUGAUCUGAAGAGAAUGAAACAGUAUGCAGUGGACGUGACUCUGGAUCCUGACACAGCCCAUCCUGAUCUCAUCCUGUCUGAUGAUGGAAAACGAGUCAGAGAUGGUGACACUCCACAGAAUGUCCCUGAAAGCCCAGAGAGGUUUGAACUCUGUCCCAAUGUCCUGGUGAAAGAGGAGUUCUCCUCAGGGAGGUUCUACUAUGAGGUGGAGGUGAGAGGGAAGAGGGAGUGGAGUGUGGGCGUGGCCAGAGAGUCCGUAAACAGGAAGGGGGACAUCACCGUAGAACCUAAGGGUGGAUUCUGGACUGUGGGUCUGGAGAAAGGAGAUGAGUGUUGGGCAAAUGACUCUCCCUCUGUCCUCCUCUCUCUGAGACGCAAACCCCAGAGGGUGGGGGUGUUUGUGGAUUAUGAGGAGGGUCUGGUCUCCUUUUAUGAUGUGGAGGCCAGUUCUCAUAUCUACUCUUUCACUGGUCAGUCUUUCACUGAGAAACUCUAUCCGUUCCUAAGCCCUGGUCUGAAUGAUGAAGGGGAAAACUCAGGCCCGUUAAUCAUUUGUCCUGUCAGAUGA